GGGCCACGGCAGGGCGUUUCUAGAGGGUUUCUCUUCUCACUCUAUGUGGUUUGAUUGAUACAAUAGCAUUCUACUGGUCUCCUGCAAAAGGACUUAAAUGUCUGGGGUAUGGAGGAGCGGUCUCCGCCAUCGAAAGCUUCCGAAAGCAGGCUUUACGGGAUGUCGCGCUAUAUCCUGCAGCGGGGUGCAGGCCGAAUCAAAAGGUCCUACACCUGACAAUAAGGCGUACUCAAAGACACUUCUAUUGCCCAAGACCAAGUUGACUCUUCGGAGUGACCCUUUGGAAAGUGAAGUCCCGUUUAGGAAUAAGACAACGAGGGACUUGUAUCAAUGGCAGUGGGAUAAUGCCAAAGGACCUCUGUUCGUCCUGCACGAUGGACCUCCAUACGCUAAUGGGCACCUGCAUAUGGGACACGCGUUGAACAAGAUUGUGAAAGACAUCAUUGUACGGUAUAAGGUGUUAAUGGGCCACAAAGUGCACUACCAUCCAGGCUGGGAUUGUCACGGUUUGCCCAUUGAGAAUAAGGUUUUACAGCAGCUCGGAAAAGAUCAAAGGUCGAUAGACUCCAAGACAAUACGGGACGCUGCUCGGAAAUAUGCCGAACAGGAAGUACAGCAGCAACGGGAGGAGUUCAGUCAACUCGGGAUUAUGGCGGACUGGAGCUCUGGAACGACUUAUCGCACUAUGGAUCAUGCCUAUGAAAUGCGGCAAUUACAAGUUUUUAAGACUAUGGUUGAAGCCGGGCUCGUAUAUCGACACUACCGACCAGUGCAUUAUUCACCGUCGUCAGGAUCGGCUUUGGCGGAAGCGGAGCUCACGUACAAAGACGACCACGUCUCCCACUCGGUGUACGUUGCAUUCCACAUGGACACGAAGGGGGAGAGCAUGCGCCCGAUUCUGAAGACCCUCUUGGCUUCUCGGCCUGACUCGCAUCUACUCGUGUGGACAACGACGCCCUGGACCUUGACAGCAAAUAUGGGUAUUGCGGUACAUCCGGAGCUGAAGUACUCGAUAUUGAGUCAGAAGAAGACUGGUAAAACCUUCAUCGUAGGAUCAACGAGGGUCUUUGACCUUACGGAUAUCCUCGGCGAGGUCGAGGAAAUUGCUCAGGUUGAAGGCUCCGAACUGGUGGACUCCACCUACUACCCGCUAUUCUUCCCCGUCGCUAAGGACGUCACUCCCAGAUAUCCCCUCAGGAUCCUGCCCUCCAACCAUGUCACGGCGGACUCCGGUACGGGUCUCGUCCACUGCGCGCCCGCGCACGGAGCAGAGGACUACAUGGUCUUCCGUAGCCUCGACCUGUUGAAGCCAAGGGAGGGAUCGAGCGACACCGGGAUGUUCUGCCACGUCGACGCUGAAGGUAAAUUCAGCAGCAAAGUCUCGGAGGUCGUCGGGGAGUCUGUAGGCCGUAAGCUGGUUGGCAAGGAGGUGCUGAAGGAUGGCAAUAAAGCGAUCAUUGAAGUACUGGGUGAUAUGGGCGUGCUGGUGAAGGUUCAGAAGAUUAAGCAUCGGUAUCCGUAUGACUGGAAGACGGAUCAGCCGAUCAUCAUGCUGGCCACUUCGCAGUGGUUUGCGGAUCUCAACUCUAUCAAGGGAGAUGCGCUCAAAACCCUUGACUCAGUAUCGUUCUUCCCUGCUGGUUCGCGAAGACGACUGCAGUCGUUUGUCCAAAACCGCUCAGAGUGGUGUAUCUCUCGUCAAAGAGUCUGGGGCGUCCCAAUCCCCGCCCUCUACCAUGUACCUACAGACACCGCCAUCAUGGACGGAGUCAGUCUGAAACACAUCCUGUCCGUUUUGGGAACAAGGGGCACAGCUCACUGGUGGGAUGGCUCCGUCGAGGACUUCGUCCCUCCGCACCUCCGGAAGGAGGGUGAGGACUUGGCCGCACUCUACCGCAAGGGCACGGACACGAUGGACGUAUGGUUCGACAGCGGCACGUCCUGGACCAUGUUGCGCGACUUGGUAAAAAAUGCAGACGCCGAACGGCCGUAUUACGCAGAUGUCUGCGUGGAGGGCACGGACCAGCAUCGCGGCUGGUUCCAGAGCCAACUGCUGACAGCUGUAGCUGCGACCAAGGCUGAAGGGCGGGUAGUGGCGCCGUAUAAGCAUCUGAUAACACAUGGAAUGGUCCUCGAUCCUGUGGGCAAGAAGAUGAGCAAGUCGUUGGGGAAUAUCAUUAGCCCGAUGACCGUCAUCAGCGGGGGAAAAGAUAAAAAGAAAGAACCGCCGUAUGGUGCGGACACUCUUCGUCUGUGGGCGGCGACGGUGGAGUACUGGAACGAUGCAGCUAUUGGCUCAAAUGUGCUCGCCCAAUGUGCCCUGUCUUUGCGUAAGAUACGCAAUUCGGCCAGGUUCAUCCUCGGGGUUCUCGAGGAUGGUCGCAGUCUGGAAUGUCUUGAGAGAGUGGCAGUAGGAUCGCGCAAUAUGUCUCUCGCAGACCGGUACGUCUUGCAUGAGCUCACCAAACUCGAUAAAGUUGCCAGGGAAGGCUAUGCCACCUACAAUUUCGCCAAGGUUGUCAAUGCCAUGAGCAACUUCUGCAACGUGACCCUGUCGUCGCUGUACUUCGAUGUCACAAAAGACUGCUUAUAUGCCGAUGCGCGAAAUAGUGCGCAGCGCCGAGCUGUCUUGACCGUACUCGAACAGGUUCUGCGCACAAUGGUCUUUGUGAUGGCCCCCAUCUUGCCGCACCUCGCGGAAGACGUUCAUCAUGUCAUGUCAGGCGCAGAAGACCCGGCGUCGGGCAGGUCGGUGUUCACCACGACUUGGGAGCCUUUGCCAUCCGAGUGGGAGAAUCCCUGCGUCGAAGGCGACAUGAAUCGCUUGCUGAGUCUUCGGACGGAUGUGCUUGCAUUGCUCGAGAAGGCUCGGCGGAACAAGAACAUCGGCAGCUCUCUUGAAGCUGAUGUCGAGAUUCUGGUGCGAAACCAGUCGACGGACAUUCAUCCCUUAUUACGGCGUGAACAGGACUUUCUGAGAACUCUUUUCAUCGUGUCUGAUGUAUCUGUCCAUGAUGAAACUCCGGAAGACCAUACUUCCCUUCCGUGGAAGCAUGAGGCCGACUACGGAAACGAUCUGCGCGUUGUGGUCCGACCUGCAAAUUUGACGAAAUGCCCCCGCUGCUGGACAUUUACUAGACAUCCCGAAGAAAUAUUGUGCCGGCGUUGCGCCGACGUAAUAAAAGUAUAGAUGGUAUAGAGUAUUAGCAUAAUAGUCGUAUAGAUAAUCGCUUGCCCCC